AUGGUGAAACCAAAUGAAGUAGAAGGAGUAACAGUACCUGAAUCAACAAUAGAACUACUCAACCGUACUUUAUACGACAUUGAGCAACUCGAACCCCAAUUGCCCCAAUUUCUUUCCCACUCAGACCCUGAUUACCUCUCCCAACUCCCACUCCUUCGACGUGCACAGUCUCUCAUCUCCCUCGCAAAACUCACUUCAACUCUAUUCUCAUUGAAGUUGAAGUGUAGAGGAAUUAACCCAAAUGACCACCCAUUUAAAUCCGAGCUUGAUAGGGUUAGUGUGUGUCAAAAUAGACUGGAACGCCUUCCGAAUUUCAGUGAAGCAGAGUGGCAAGAUAUGGUGGAGGAAAAUCUGAACUAUCAUGAGCAGACUGGUCAAAAGAGGAAGUAUCCAUCAUCUGAAGAACAACCUGAUCAAUAUGAUUCCAAGGAGUUUUUGGAGAAAUCAACAGGGGAGCUUCUUGAUGGUGGUAAUAGUGGAAGUAGUAUUAAGGAAGCAAUAACGGUUGACCUAUCCGACGACGACGACGACGAUGAUGAGGUGAUUGCACCCUAA